CUCAUGGGUCUAACAUAUUUGCUCAAUUUUGUCUGGACACUGAUAUUAUGUUUUUUGGUUGUAUGUACCUUCAUAUACACCAUGUUCUGGAAUAUGUGUUCAAGCGUUGAACGCUCAAAUACUUGUAUAGAUUUAACACAAUUUCAUUUCAUGUUCCCCUCGAGUACCAAACAAGAAGAUAUGAAAAUAUGUGAACCGUGGGAAAUUAAAGCCUUUUGCAAAGAUGGUGUUGAAAAUGCUGAAGUCAUGUUUAUAUUGGCCACGUUGGCAACAUUAUUGGUCAUUCUGAGUUUGGUUCAUUAUUUAAUGUGUUUGUCGGCAAAUUAUAGUCACAUUCGUGAUCAUGAAAAAUUCCAAGAGCUACAAGAAAUACAACAUCUCAAUGAACUGGAAUACAGUGCAACAUCUAAGGAACGUUUCUAGAGGGAGA